AUGGCGCGGAGGGGUUUCGAAAAGGAACAAGCCGCCAUCGUUAACCUGGAGUUCGUGAUCCAGGAGCACAUUACACACCUACACAAUGAGCCACUGGCCAGCCUGCAGGAGAUUAACGGCCAGAACCAUGACGCCAAAGCCCUACUCAAGCAGCUCCACGCCUGUCUCAAAAGUUUGGAGCAGGCGGCGGUGGGCCAGGACAGUGAACGGGACACAGCUGCGCUCCUCGAAUGGCUGAGGGCCCACCAAACCGAGUACAACAAGUACGCCAUCUGGCUCCACGGGAGAAACGGCAUGCCGCCGAUCGGGCAGCGCUCCUCGAGGGUGGCGAAGCAGCUCUCCGGCGGCGAAAAGACAAGGACUCGCCAGCUCAUCAGCGGCGGUCUCAUGGGUUUGUUGCUGCUGCUGCUGCACAGAGCGGCCGAGGAUGCCGCCAAGGCGCAGGAGAGCAUCACCUCGACCCUGCGGCGGACACGACAGAAGAUGGGAAUCUUCGGAUACGCUCAACGCGACAUUGCACCACCAUCGGGCCUAUGGGACGUCACGCACGGCCUGCUCGCGAAACUGAAGAGGCGGGAGUGCACCGACAUGCUGCUGGUGCUGUUUGGCGUGUUCUUCUUCCUGUCCGUUGUCCUCUACAUCUCCCUCGACAGGCUGGGCCUGCUGGGCCUCAAGGCCUGA